UGUACCAUCAAUAAUUCGUAUCAAGUAUUUAUUAAUUAUGAUAAUGCGUAAGUUAUUCCACAAUAUAACCUCGAGGCAAGGCAAAUUUAACCAAAUAUGUGCACGUUAUGGAAGUUCAGGAAAAGCAGUAGCAACAAAUGCCCAAAAUAAAGUAAUUCUUCAAACUGUUACUACUACUGAGGAAUUGGAAAAUGGCAUUAUCGAUUGGAAUACAGAAUUAAACAAAAUUAAACAAGAUGAAAACAGAUCCGUCCUUUUACCCCCAACACAAGAAGAUGACUUACAAAGUUUUACUCCCUAUCUGAAACAGUCUUUUAAUUUUGCUGCUUACGUCAAUAAAUCUAAAACAUUGCAGGAACUAGUCAAGUUAGGAGUAGACUUGAGUAAACUAGAAAAAAUUAAAAACGUUCCUGAUUAUAUUUUGCAACUAGAUUAUGAUAAAGAUAUCAAAAAUAGAAUAAUUUAUUUAAAUGGCCUCGGUGUUCCCAUGGAAGAACUUGGAAAAUUUCUAACAAAAAACCCUGGAUUUUUGAAGCCACGAAUAUGGAUGCAAAAUAGAUUUAAAUUACUAGCAAAAUUUGAUUACAUUCACAAUACAAUGAAAAUCUCACAUAAACAUAUAUUAGAAAUGCCAGAAAUAUUUUAUGCAAGAGAGUUUAUAAUUAAGCAAAGGGAUUCGUUCUUGAGACAUUUAAAUCAAUGGUUUUUGGAAAAUUUUGGAGAUAUUCGCGACGAGCAGUGCGAGAAGCUCCACGAAGACUUCAGAGCUUUGGAGAAAGGAAGGUGGAACAUCCACAUGAUGGCUGACAAUUGUUAG